AUGCCGGCGUCGCCCGCGGUCCUGCUGCUGCUCGUGGCCGCCUUCGCGCCCCGGAGCCGCCAGGUGCUCUCGUCCCUGCGCAUGGCGGCCAUCCUGGACGACCGGACGGUGUGCGGCCGCGGCGAGCGCCUGGCCCUGGCGCUGGCCCGCGAGCACAUCAACGGCAUCCUGGAGGCGCCCGCCCGCGCCCGCCUCGAGGUCGACAUCUUCGAGCUGCAGCGCGACAGCCAGUACGAGACCACCGACACCAUGUGCCAGAUCCUGCCCAAGGGGGUCGUCUCCGUGCUGGGUCCGGCCUCCAGCCCCGCAUCGGCCUCCACCGUCAGCCACAUCUGUGGGGAGAAGGAGAUCCCCCACAUCAAGGUGGGCCCGGAGGAGACCCCCAAGCUGCAGUACCUGCGCUUCGCCGCCGUGAGCCUCUACCCCAGCAACGAGGACGUGAGCCUGGCGCUGGGCCACAUCCUGCGCAGCUUCCGCUACCCGGCCGCGUCCCUCAUCUGCGCCAAGGCCGAGUGCCUGCUGCGCCUGGAGGAGCUCGUGCGGCAGUUCCUCAUCUCGCGCGAGACGCUCUCGGUGCGGAUGCUGGACGACUCGCAGGACCCGACGCCGCUGCUCAAGGAGAUCCGCGACGACAAGAUCACCACCAUCAUCAUCGACGCCAACGCCUCCGUCUCCCACCUCGUCCUCAGCAAGGCCUCGGAGCUGGGCAUGACGUCGGCUUUCUACAAGUACAUCCUGACCACCAUGGACUUCCCCAUGCUGCGGCUGGACGCGCUGGCGGACGCCCCCUCCACCGUCCUCGGCUUCUCCAUGUUCAACACCAGCCACCCCUUCUACCUGGAGUUCGUCCGCAGCCUCAACAUGUCCUGGCGCGAGAACUGCGAGCUCAGCCCCUACCCCGGCCCUGCGCUCUCGGCGGCGCUGAUGUUCGACGCGGUGCACGUGGUGGUGGGGGCCGUGCGGGAGCUGAACCGCAGCCAGGAGAUCGGCGUCCGGCCCCUCGCCUGCAACUCCGCCAGCAUCUGGCAGCACGGCACCAGCCUCAUGAACUACCUGCGCAUGGUAGAGUACGACGGGCUGACGGGGCGCGUGGAGUUCAACAGCAAGGGCCAGCGCACGAACUACACCCUGCACGUGCUGGAGAAGGGGCGCCACGGGCACCGCGAGGUGGGCGUGUGGUACUCCAACCGGACGCUGGCCAUGAACGCCACCACGCUGGCCAUCAACGCCUCCGACAGCCUCGCCAACAAGACCCUCAUCAUCACCACCAUCCUGGAGAACCCCUACGUGAUGCGGGUGGGGGGCGCGGGCGGCGCCGAGCGCUACGAGGGCUUCUGCGUGGACAUGCUGCAGGAGCUGGCCGGGCUCCUCAAGUUCCGCUUCCACAUCAAGCUGGUGGAGGACGGGCUCUACGGGGCGCCCGAGCCCAACGGCUCCUGGACCGGCAUGGUGGGCGAGCUCAUCAACCGGAAGGCCGACCUGGCGGUGGCCGCCUUCACCAUCACGGCGGAGCGGGAGAAGGUCAUCGACUUCUCGAAGCCCUUCAUGACGCUGGGCAUCAGCAUCCUCUACCGGGUGCACAUGGGCCGCAAGCCGGGGUAUUUCUCCUUCCUAGACCCCUUCUCGCCCGCCGUCUGGCUCUUCAUGCUCCUCGCCUACCUGGCCGUCAGCUGCGUCCUCUUCCUGGCCGCCCGGCUGAGCCCCUACGAGUGGUACAACCCGCACCCCUGCCUGCGGGAACGCCACAACCUCCUGGAGAACCAGUACACACUGGGCAACAGCCUCUGGUUCCCCGUUGGUGGCUUCAUGCAGCAGGGCUCCGAAAUCAUGCCCCGCGCCCUCUCCACCCGCUGCGUCAGCGGGGUCUGGUGGGCCUUCACCCUCAUCAUCAUCUCCUCCUACACGGCCAACCUGGCUGCCUUCCUCACCGUGCAACGGAUGGAGGUGCCCAUCGAGUCGGCUGAUGACUUGGCUGACCAGACCAACAUCGAGUACGGCACCAUCCAUGCUGGCUCCACCAUGACCUUCUUCCAGAACUCACGGUACCAGACCUACCAGCGCAUGUGGAACUACAUGCAGUCGAAGCAGCCGAGCGUCUUCGUGAAGAGCACGGAGGAAGGCAUCGCCCGGGUGCUGAACUCCAAGUACGCCUUCCUGCUGGAGUCCACCAUGAACGAGUACCACCGCCGGCACAACUGCAACCUCACCCAGAUUGGCGGGCUGCUGGAUACCAAGGGCUAUGGCAUCGGCAUGCCGCUGGGCUCACCAUUUCGGGAUGAGAUCACCCUGGCGAUCCUGCAGCUGCAGGAGAACAACCGGCUGGAAAUCCUCAAGCGGAAGUGGUGGGAAGGGGGGCACUGCCCAAAGGAGGAGGACCACCGAGCCAAAGGGCUGGGCAUGGAGAACAUCGGGGGCAUAUUCGUGGUGCUUGUCUGCGGCCUCAUCGUUGCCAUCUUUGUGGCCGUCAUGGAGUUCGUCUGGUCCACGCGCCGCUCUGCCGAGACCGAGGAGAUCUCGCUGUGCGCCGAGAUGCUACGGGAGCUGCGCCACGCUGUGUCCUGCCGCAAGCCCGCGCGCGCCCGGCGGCGCCGGCGGCCCCCGCCGCGGGGCGGGGGGGGGCCAGCGGGGGCCCCCUCCCUGCGUGAGAUGCGCUUCAGCAACGGCAAGCUCUACUCGGGGACCCAGGCGUCCGAGGGGGCCCCCCCACCCUGCACCCACGUUCGCGUCUGCCCCGAGUGCCGGCGCAUCCAGGCGCUGCGGGCAGCCCCUCCGGCCCCCCGGGGCCCCCCGCCGCCCCCCGAGGGGGGCCCUCGCGACCAGGAGUGACCACCCCUCCUUGUACGCCGUGCGUAUACCAGGAC